GUAUAGCGGAAUCAAUUACUAAAAGCAAGCCGAAGAAUCUGGGGAAACUCAGGUUCUCGCGCGACCAUAAAGACUACCCAUACCCACUUAGAGAAGAGAGGAAAUCUCCACCAUCUCCCCUCUAUCUUUCUGCAGCUUCCCCCGCCCACACGGUAAGCAAAAUCUCACGGCGCACAGCCACGACCGCAGCAGUAGUAACAAACCUUGCGUAGCGGAGAUAAUUGAUGAAGGCAUGCCGAGGAAUCUGGGGAAGGUUGGUGCCAGGUUCGGGCCUACGCUACGUGUACCGUCAGCCCUAACGUCUUGGACAAACGGCGGAUUGAAAAGCAUUUAGAUCUGCCAAAUGAGCAGCUGAAAAGGGUAAACCUUUAUCAGUGGUUCGUCCGAAAGCGCAAUAGUACUAUGUAGUACUGAGCAGCAUUCGCAAUGUACGAGAUGAACGUCUUUGUGAGCUGUGUGCAACUGACCUCGGGUCUUGCGCACAGUCAUCUGUAUGAGGCAGAGGGUAGUAGUGGAAGAGAACAAACACGUUCAAGCGGGUCGCCAAAGUAUGGACAUGUUGAUACGUGCCGUGCUGUUUCUGAUGGUCUCACGAUGCACGCCGACCAAAAGGGGAAGUUUGCCAUCUCGGCGACCACGAUAGGAACAUGCAUUCGGUGCUUAUGGCGCAUGGCGCAGUUACUUUCGGUCAGCGGCCGGCUGAUGCCCACAUCUCGUUUUGAUAUAAUACUGUGUAGCUGAUGGGCAGGUGACGCUCCUAUCGGAAUAGAAGUUGCGCCAUAAAUGUUGAGCUCUCGCCGAUCCGCUAGUAAUCAACUAUACUCAUCAUGUGUCCUGAAAGACGCUGUGAAUGUGGAAGAAUCAAGAUGGAAUCUCAAGUCAAAGUCUAAUCCCAGGAUAUACUGUAAUGGUUAGUACAUGCUGCUCCAAGCAUUGGCACAAGUCUGGGAAAACUUACUACAGCAUGAUACCAGCACCCGUAAACAUGGCGGCGAAUUGCAUCAACGUCUUCCUAAGCUCUUGGCCUUUGUUCGGGCCGGUCUCGAGAAGCUCUGGGAUAACGGCGACAGUCCCAACAUACAGG